AACUUCAACGCGUGCGCAGUGCAUUCAGCGGACGUCAUCAGUAAAACGAUGUGUUGUGUUCAGGGAAACUACGGUAAUAUAAUGGUUUGAAAAUGAGCGAUGAAGUUGCCGUUUUCAUUAGCAUUGGCUACCACGCCAGUGUUACCACGUUUACAACUACGUGUAGCUAGUUUAGCUAGUUAACCAACUGAUUCAGAAACAAGGUGGACAGUUUAAGCAUUCUGAGGGCCAAUUUAAAUUGGCCAACAGUCAACGGUGAAUUCGACUCGAGCGGCAACCAGGUUUUGUGGCGUAGCAGCUGACGUCAGCACAGCCCGUGUCCAGUAUGGCGGGUGGUAUUACGGAGACGGGGGACCCCUACUCCCCUUAUGUGGGCCUGAUUUACAUGUUUAAUCUGAUCGUGGGCACGGGGGCCCUGACGAUGCCCCGGGCGUUUGCCAUGGCCGGCUGGGCGGUCAGCCUGGCUCUCAUAUGCAUCCUGGCUUUCAUGAGCUACAUGACCACCACCUUCAUGAUCGAGGCCAUGGCGGCCGCCAACGCACAGCUGCGCUGGAAGAGGCGGGAACAGGAAGAGGUGAAGGACAGUGAUUCGUCUUCAGAUUAUUCGGACGAUGAGGUCAUCAUCCGGGGACGAUCCGAGCCUUUGGAGGCCCGGCCCAUUCUGUCCAUUCAGAGAGGCGGGUCGUCGGUUGAUCACUUCGACAUCGUAGAGAGGGUGGAGAUGGGCCAGAUGGCCUCCAUGUUCUUUAACAAAGUGGGAGUGAACAUGUUCUACAUCUGCAUCAUCGUGUACCUGUAUGGAGACCUGGCCAUCUACGCGGCGGCGGUUCCCAUCUCCCUGAUGGAGGUGGCCUGUGGCAAUCACUCAUGCAGCGCGGGAAGUGUGACGUACAACGACACAGACUCGUGCUGGGGCCCCGUGAAGAGGAGAGAUGCCUACAGGGUGUUUUUGAGCGUCUUCACCCUGCUGCUCGGCCCCUUCACUUUCUUCAACGCUCAGAAGACCAAAUACCUGCAAAUCCUCACCUCAGUCAUGCGGUGGCUUGCGUUCAGCAUGAUGAUCAUCCUGGCUCUGAUCCGGAUCGGUAAGGGUAAAGGAGCGGGGCACCCCCCUGCGGCGAACUUCUCGGGGAUCCCCAACCUGUUUGGGGUGUGCGUGUACUCCUUCAUGUGCCAGCACUCUCUGCCCUCGCUCAUCACCCCCAUCUCGGAUAAGAAGCGGGUGGGGCGGCUGGUGCUGGCGGACUACUCGCUGAUCCUGGGCUUCUACAGCCUGCUGUCCUUCACCGCCAUCUUCUGCUUCGACAGCACGCUGCUGCGGGACAUGUACACGCUCAGCUUCACCGACAGCUGCGACGUGCUGGACGUGCCCGCGCUGCGCUACUUCCUGGGGCUCUUCCCCGUCUUCACCAUCAGCACCAACUUCCCCAUCAUCGCCGUCACCCUGCGGAACAACUGGAAGGCCCUGUUCCACCGGGACGGGGGCACGUACCCCUGGGUGGUGGACCGCGUGGUCUUCCCCCUCAUCACCCUGGUGCCCCCCAUCGUGGUGGCCUUCUGCACGCACAACCUGGAGUCGCUGGUGGGCAUCACGGGCGCGUACGCGGGCACGGGCAUCCAGUACAUCAUCCCGGCGUGCCUGGUGUUCCUGAGCCGGCGGCAGCUGGAGCCCGUGCUCGGCCGCGACGCCGUCAACAAGCACCGCUCGCCCUUCCGCCACGCCUUCUGGGUGGGCUUCGUCCUGCUCUGGGCCACUUCCUGCCUGAUGUUCGUCACGGCCAACAUCAUCCUCACGGAAACGAAGCACUGAGGGAGGGUUCCGGGCCGAGCUUUGUGUUUAUUAGUGUCCUCAUCGAGAGGGGGGGGCUGUGUGGACAGACGGGGG